CCGUGACGGCAGCGGCCGGGGAGGGCUCUGGGCAGGACGGGGACACGGAACCGGCCGGCAGCGGCCACCCCAUGGCAGGCGAGAAGGAAGUGCCGCCCAGGGCCACUCCUCCUCACCAUUUCCUCUCCGGGGCUGGUUUCUGUACGGAUGAGAGCGGCCACAGAGGAGCUGCCGGCCCGUCCGAGGCCGCAGGCUGCGCUCGGCGGGCGGAGGGAAGCGCCGGUGACCGGCGCCGAGGGGACACCGCGGAAAGAAGAUGAUGUGAAUGGGCUGUAAGAACCAGAAGACAUGGAGGAAGAGCUGCCCUGCUCUCAGGUGGAUGGAAAAAGUGUCCUCAGAGGGGUGGAGAUGCUCUGCAUGGAGAGCAAUCCCACAGGAGACACAUCUGGAGCAGUGGAGGAUGCAGGAGAGGUGCCCUGUGCUGAGAGCAGCACAAAAGAAGAGGCUCCUUGUGAGCCAGGAAUUGUCUUCACUGAGGACAGCGUGGAAGGAGAGACACAGGGCAGUUCCAGUGAUGGGGAAGGGGACAUUCCUGGCAGUGGCAGUGGCAGGGAAGGGGGGAUUCCUGGCAGUGGCAGUGGCAGGGAAGGGGGGAUUCCUGGCAGUGGCAGUGACAGGGAAGGGGAGAUUCCUGGCAGUGGCAGUGGCAGUGACAGGGAAGGGGAGGUUCCUGGCAGUGGCAGGGAAGGGGAGAUUCCUGUCACCGACAGCGAUGGGGAAGGGGAGAUUGCCGUCACUGAUAGUGACAGGGAAGGGGAAAUGCCCUGUGAUGCGAAAGAAGAGGCGUCUUGCUCGGAGAGUGAGGCAGAGGAAGUACCAGAUGCUGUGAUCCCUGCUGCUUCCAAGAAAAUCACUUCCAUUUCCUCUCCCCUGCGGGCCUUCGUCCGCCUGCGCCGGCGCUACUGGGGGCUGAAGAAAAGCCGUCUGCAUUUAGAGUUGCCUCGGGAAAAGUCUGCCGAGUUUGUCCACACCAGGCUGCUCCAAAGGCAGCUCUCCCUGAACAGAACUUCCCUGUACAGCCCUUCCAUGUCCUUCUUUAAUCAGUCUGGCUUUGAGAGCUCCCAGUACUUCACCUUUGACACGUCUGUGGAACAUUACUCCGUGAAAAAGUGCAGGCGGAAAAAAAGCCGGAGGAAAUCCAGGAUGGUUCUCUACCCAGAUAAAACAAAAAAAUACCUCCCAGCAGAGGAGAAGAGCAAGGCAAAGCGCUGCCUCCUCUUGCUCAUUGCCAUUAUCUUCUUCCAGAUUCUCAAUGCAAUAGAGAACCUGGAUGAUAACCUCCAAAAAUACGACCUGGAUGGUUUGGAGAAAACCAUGCACCGGGAAGUAUUUGGGCAGAAGGUUGCUGUGGAAGGUAUUGUGGAAUUGUUGAAAGACUAUCUGGCUACCCACAUCCACAACAAGCCUCUGGUGAUCUCUCUGAACGGCCCCACAGGGGUUGGGAAGAGCCACGUUGGCUGGGUGCUGGCCAAACACUUUCGCUCUGUCAUGGACAAUGACUUUGUGCUCCAGUACUUUGUGAUGCAUCACUGCCCCAGCGGGGUGGCUCCCCUCACCUGUGAAAUAGAUCUGUCCAAGAAGAUUUCUGACAUGGUUACCAGAGCUGAAAUAGAGGAAAAGACCCCACUGUUUAUUCUGGAUGAGGUUGAGCUCAUGUCCCCCGUCCUGCUGGACACUCUCAGCCGAUUCUUUGAACCCAAUCAAACCAACGAGUUCCUCAAUGCCAUCUACAUUUUAAUAAGCAACCUGGGAGGUGCUGAAAUCACAAAGUUCGUUAUCCAGAAUGCAUCCACUGAGCUCCUGCCUCAGCAACGGGGAGCUGAAGAGCUGCUGAGCAUCAUCCAGCCAGUCCUGGUCAGUGUGCACCCUCUGUGGAAGGCUGCAGACAUCAUCCCCUUCGUCCUUCUGGAGAAGUCGCAUGUCAUAAACUGCUUCCUGGAGCAGAUGAGGAGGGAGGGGCUCUAUCCUGACCAGAAGCACAUUGAAAAUUUGGCAAAUCAGCUCAGUUAUUACACUACAGGGGACAAGCAGUACUCCAGCAUGGGCUGCAAGCAGGUUGUGGCCAAGGUCAAUCUCCUGUAGGGAUUCACUGCAGAGACCAAGCCGUGCUCUCAUGAUUAUCAACCUUCUGUGCUCAUGAGGAGUGUGUUCAGGCUGUGCUCAAAGUGUCCUUUCUCAGCCCUGCACUGGCUCUGCCCUGGCCAGGCAGAGGGGUGGCAGCCUGGACUACCCUGUUCUCCUCAGAAAAGAGACUUCACUUUUUCUGAUGUUCUGUGGAACAGGAAGGGCAAGGAAGCUGGAGCCACCUCCCAAUAAGUGCAGGAUGCUUUGUUCCUCAUUCUCAUUUGGGAUUCUUGUCAUUAAGGAGUUUGGAGGUGUCAUCAAAAGCUGCAGGAUAUAAAUAGGAUGGAACAAUCCCUGGGUCACUGCCCCUGCAGAAUAUGUCACCUGAUGUGUCUCAUUCUCUCCAGGCUCACAGCUCUUUGCUUUCCCUGGUCCUGGCUGGUGUGUGCAGAGCAGGGGCAGGGCUGGACACCUGGCACUGGGACAGUUUGUGCUCCUGCCCCCGAGAUGUGCAGGCCUGCCUUCCCCAGCUCCUACGUGACCACAUCCUCAGGAGAACACUUUCUGGACCUGUUUCUGAGCUGUUGCUCUUCUGAUCUCAUCCCUGAGCUCACCUUUGGCACCUGCAGUGAGAUUUCUGCCCUGCAGGUGUGUUUGGGCUCGCCUCAGAGACUGCUCACCUGUGCCAGAUGGUGCAGAAAUAACUCUGGAUUGUUUCAGGUCUGGUGGUGACACCUCCUCCUCAGAGCUCUUCUGCUUUUUGCCUCUGGGGACACGUCACUGUGGGCAGUCAUUGUCUAGAUAGCCCAUAGCAGCAAUGGAUGGAUAUUAAGCAACACACACUGGAAAAGACAGUUUGGGCUGAUGGAGUGGGAAUCCUGGGCUUGUACCCAGUCCUGAGAGGCCAAGGAAAGGCUUUGCCAUUGAGCCGCAGGUGAGAUGCGGCCUGGGAGUAGCUUGGGAAGAGCACACAGCUAUGUUUUGAGCAAAACUGGGCAGGUAUUUAUGACAUUCUUUUCUCAGGUUGUGGUUUUGUACAAGAUUUCUACAGCUUGCUGUGAAUUCCCAGACAAGAAACCCUGUGGAUGUUUGCACUGGGGUUUUGAUUCACCUCUUUCUAAUUGUUGGUCUCCAAAGACUCUGUCACAUACUCCAGCUUCCAGAGCUAUUGUCAGGAAUAAACUCAGACUAUCCUGAA